AUGAAACAACUAACAUCACUUAAUAUUGGUUACAAUGAAAUUACUGUUGAAGGAGCUAAAUUCAUCAGUGAAAUGAAACAAUUGACAUCACUUUGUAUUUAUAACAAUGAAAUUAGUGAUAAAGGAGCCAAAUAUUUAAGUGAAAUGAAACAAUUAACAUCACUUAAUGUUUCUAACAAUGAAACUAGUGAUGAAGGAGCCAAACACAUCAGUGAAAUGAAACAAUUAACAUCGCUUUAUAUUUAUGACAAUCAAAUUGGUGAUAAAGGAGCUAAAUAUAUAAGUGAAAUGAAACAACUAACAUCACUUAAUAUUGGUUACAAUGAAAUUAGUGAUGAAGGGGCCAAAUACAUAAGUGAAAUGAAACAACUGACAUUACUUUAUAUUUAUAACAAUGAAAUUAGUGAUAAAGGAGCCAAAUAUUUAAGUGAAAUGAAACAAUUAACAUCACUAAGAAAAUAA